GCCCAGGGCUCAGCCAAGCACAAAAGCAGCCUGCGGGUACACACUGGUGAGCAGGACAGUGUCUGCUCUCUCCUCUGCCAACAUGCAGUUCAAAGUCUGAAUCAGUGAAUUUUCUCAUUUUCCACUCAAAGGAGAACAUGGCAAUGGAGCUUUGGGCAAAAGGGACAAAUCAGAGUCUAUUCCUGCUCUAGAAUAAUCUAGAAUAAAAUCCCUGUGUCUUGAAAUAGUGCUGUGAGCACACGGAAAGCUGGGGGGAAAAAGGUAUUAUUUUUGGCUGAAAGUCUUUAUGGCUGAUGCAGGAACUCUCUCAUUAGUUACUCAUUGCCUCAGAAAGUCUCAUAAAACAGCCAGCAGAGCCCAGCAAAUACUUCAGUCUUGUGGGAGCUCAGAAAUCCAGGAAUUGAACGAGGCCUUGAACCCAUUUUAUAGACUCACUUCUUACUGAACGAUCAUAAAAUAUUAAAAUUCAGACCUUAUAAAUAAGGAGGGGAAAGCACUGUGCACUUCCCAGCAGAAGCAGCCUCUCCAGAGACUCUUCCCAAGAGCCAGCUCUGCUCCGAGAUGGUGCAGAGACGCAGCCUGAGCACCUCCCAUGGAGUGCCCGUCCUGGCUGUUUCCUUCCUGGCAUGGGUGGCCACAGGUGUGGAGCUGUCUGUAAAUAACCAGGCUGCUGACUUCACCCUGUCCACAGGGCUCAGCCCUGCCAUCUCCCUCUCCUGCCUCGUGCACAACAGCAGCCAGGCCGAGGAGCUGCUCUGGUACCGCGGGGAUGGGCAAGUGGAUCUGAAGGAUGGGAAUAAAGUGAACAUCAGCAACAUCUGCAUCUCCCCAGUCAACGAGUCUGACAACGGGGUCACCUUCACGUGCAGGCUGGCACGGGACAAGGCUGUGCAGGUGUCUGUGACCCUGGAUGUGCAGUUCCCUCCCCAUCUGAGUGGAGAGGAGACCCUGCACGUGGAAGAAGAGAAAGAUGUUACUCUGACCUGCAACUCCAAAUCCAACCCUCAAGGCCAAAGCACCUGGUUAAAGGACAGCCAGAGCCUGACCCUGCAGCAAAGUCGGCACAAGCUGUACCAGACCAGUGAGAUUUUUCAGCUCUCCAUCAGCAAAGUGCAGAAAUCUGACAAUGGGACCUACACCUGCCUGGUGGAAUCACGCCUGGGAAAUGGGACAAGGGAUUUCCACCUCAUAGUUGAAGAUAAAAAACCUGUUUUUCCCAAGGAGGCUGUUAUUGCUGCUGUCGUGGUUGUUACAAUCACAAUACUUUUUGGAAUUGUGGCUCGAAUAGAAAAAUUUCUUAAGUGCUUCAAGAAACCAAAAGAAACAGCUCUGAGGUGAUUUUUCAUUUCUUCUGUUCAUUUUGCUGCAGGUAAAGAACACCCAGAAAACAUCAUUUCUAGUGGUCAAGCAAAGCCAUUGUGUGAGAUGAUGAGAUAAAGCACUGAAACUGUUUUUUUGGGAUCAAGUUUAUAUGUUUUUUUUUUUUUUAAUAUAAGUGGUUCUUUGCAUCUGUUGAUUCUAAGCUGCUGCUUAGAGGGUCAAAACUGUUAGAACUGGUCACUGGGAACCUUUCCUUGGAGCACCAUUCAUGAGGUGAUGCCAGCUCUUGCCCUCCAAGCUUAUUCCAACAAGGAAUGCAUGUGCAGACAGGCACGUGGGUUGUGGAUCAGUCUGCAGAGCAAUCUCUACUGCAUUGUGAUGCACACAAUUAAGUGAGGUGUUGUGCUGACAGCUGCUCUCUGUCCUUCAGUGCCGUUCCACAGGGACUUGGGGUGAUGGCCACCCAACUCUCUGCCCCUUCCCAAUGAUCCUGUGGGCAUCUCAGCUUCUCUUGCCAGGGCAAAAGCUGCCUGGCACUCAGCACUGCUGCUACACCUCAUGUCUCUGUGGCUCACCUGGGCUUGGGGCAGCCCCAAGUGCUCGAUGACACACAGUGAAGUUACAGUGUGACUGCUCCAGCACCACGAUGGGUGGAAAACAUCUCCAUUCAUCCCUUCCCCCAACAAAUAUGCCACUCAAGCACUUUUCUCAAGGUCCUGGCAAGCUGUUGAGGCCUCAUCAUGCCUUGGAAUAGUCCAUUACUAAUACUGUCAAUAAACACUGCAUGCUGUAAAUCAAUUCGAGACAGUGAAGCACCAGCAUUCUUCUCAGAGGAGCAGGCAGUUCCUCAAGAGGAAAAUUCAGCAGCUGGAUCUGGAGUGUGAUCCAGAGCCUGUGGUUGACUCACCAGUGCUCAGGGAGGUCCCUCAAGGUGCCACAGCAGUGCCAUCUCAUGUUUCUGGGCGCUUGGCCUCAACACCACGAGCUGUGGAGAGCCAUCCCAAACCUUUCUGUUGGCACAGUGUCCCCCCAGUCUGUGCCCCUGGCACUGACAUGAGAUUGUGCCACAAACAGCCCCCAGCACUGGCCCUCUGUGGGUCGGGGAGAUCAUGGACUGCAGGAAGCGUGGAAGGUUCUGGAGCCGGGGCUGUGUGGAUGUGAGGGGUCCCUGUGAGGGACCCGUGUGAGGGGUCCAUGUAAGGGGUCGGUGUGAGGGCUCCCUGUGAGGGG